AUGAGGAUGUAUGUCUAUCGCAUCGCAGGACUCUGCCCUGCGAGCGAACGCAUUGACAGGAAGAAGAACCCUUCGCAGAAUGUGGUUCCACAAGCUCCCGAAGUGUCAAAGGACCAGCCAGAGUCACCCCCCACAGAGAUCCCUUGCCAUUGUGUGUGCGACUUAUCGCAGCUCGCUCUUUGCAGCAGCAGACAGCUUUCUCUGAUUGGUUUGCUUGCACGCACGCAGCACGAGCAAGGAGGGAUCUCAGGGCCCCGCAUCCUCUCGACUCACACCCGACUGUCACAUCAGUCAUCGUUCGGAAGGACCGAUCGAUCAACCGACGCGAACCGAAGGAAGCUCAACUGUCACACGCAUCGGACUGUCACCUGCUGCUCUAGAAAUAGACUGGACGAGGAGCUAGAAGAGGAGUCAUCAUGA